GCUCCCCCGCGCGGAAGAUGCCCGCUGCGGGCGCGCGGGGCUGGGCACUGUGAGGCCCGGGGCGCGGGGUAGCCAUGGCGACGGCGAGCGCGGCCCGCGGCGCCGCCUGACAGGUGUGGGCCCGGCGGGACGGCGCGGAGCAGCAUGUACGCCAAGGGGGGCAAGGGCUCGGCCGUGCCCUCCGACAGCCAAGCCCGCGAGAAGCUAGCCUUGUACGUCUACGAGUACCUGCUGCACGUGGGAGCCCAGAAGUCGGCCCAGACCUUUCUGUCCGAGAUCCGAUGGGAGAAGAACAUCACGCUGGGGGAGCCCCCGGGGUUCCUGCACUCCUGGUGGUGUGUGUUCUGGGACCUGUACUGCGCUGCGCCGGACCGGAGAGAGGCCUUCGAGCACUCGAGUGAGGCCAAGGCCUUCCAGGACUACAGCACUGCAGCAGCCCCCAGUCCCGUGAUGGGCAGCCUGGCCCCCAAUGACACCAUGGCACCUGGCUUCUUCCAGGGACCCCCCAGCUCCCAGCCGCCCCCACACAACCCCAACAACCCCAUGAUGGGGCCUCACGUCCAGCCCUUCAUGUCACCGCGGUUCCCAGGGGGCCCCCGGCCGACCCUGCGGAUGCCGAGUCAGCCUCCAGUUGGGCUUCCCGGCUCACAGCCCCUCCUUCCCGGCGCCAUGGACCCCUCCUCCCGUGUGCAGGGGCAUCCCAGCAUGGGUGGCCCGAUGCAGCGGGUAACGCCUCCCCGGGGCAUGGCUGGCAUCGGGCCCCAGAGCUACGGAGGUGGCAUUCGGCCCCUGCCCAACUCCCUUGCUGGCCCUGGGUUGCCUACCCUGAACAUGGGCCCAGGAGUGCGGGGCCCAUGGGCCAGCCCCAGUGGCAAUUCGAUCCCCUACUCCUCGUCCUCCCCCGGCAGCUACACGGGACCCCCUGGAGGAGGUGGGCCCCCCGGAACACCCAUCAUGGCCAGCCCUGGAGACUCUAACUCCAGUGAGAACAUGUACACCAUCAUGAACCCCAUUGGGCCCAGCACUAGCAGGGCUAACUUCCCGCUCGGCCCUGGCCCUGAGGGCCCCAUGGCAGCCAUGAGCGCAAUGGAGCCGCACCACGUGAAUGGAUCCCUGGGCUCGGGCGACAUGGACGGGUUGCCGAAGAGCUCCCCCGGCGCUGUGGCCGGCCUAAGCAACGCCCCGGGCACCCCACGGGACGACGGCGAGAUGGCGGCCGCCGGGACCUUCCUGCACCCGUUCCCGAGCGAAAGCUACUCGCCGGGGAUGACCAUGAGCGUGUGACGGGCCCCGGCCUCUGCCCAGCGCCAGUGCCUGAGGCCAGGGUCGGGUGCUGGGGGGGGGCCGCGGUCACAUCUCUGGUGCCUGGACCCCGGGCCGAGGCCUGGCAGGCUGGGAGGCCCCACGGCCCACACAAAGAACUUUUCAUUUUCUAAAAAAAACCCAAGGACCUCAGAGAAGCGCUCUCCUGUGUGGCCCCUUCCCGCCCGCCAUUUGUAUUUUGUCUAGUGGGGGCUUCUCGGGGGCCACCCUUCUCACAGGAUGGUGGGGGUAGGGCCCAUCAAUAAAUGUA